AUGUCCUCCUUCGAUCGAAACGAGGAAGAAGAAGAAGAGAAAGACGAGCGUGAAAAUCUGUUUCCUCCCGGAAGAUCCUCUUUGACUGGAGGAGGUGGUGACGAUGACGAUGACGACGACGAUGAAGGGGGGAACAGCGAAGAGGCGCAAUUUUUGACCGAUCUGAAGGAAAACCACACGAAAAAGUCAAACACGACGAAAGUGCUCUCCACGUACGGCGGCGCCGGGAUGGGGGUGAAGAACCAUUUUUUGCACGUGGCGUUGUCCGCGUCCGUGCUCGUGUUGGGGGUGUUUUUAUGCCUGGGGUUGGUGUACAUACCCGCGAUGAAUCCGAUGGAAUCGUACGCGUUGAAAAGAGAGGACGAGUGUUUUUCCAGAACGAAUUCGACGUGCGAGAACUAUUUGAGGGCGGAGGUGUAUUUUUGGAACCUGACGAAUCCAUCCGAGUUUGUGAGCGGGUUGGAAGCGCCAAAGUUAGAGGAGGUUGGGCCGUUCGUGAUUAAAGACGGAGUGUCGAAGAAACAGAACGUGACGUUUAGCGAGGAUGGGAGCGAGGUUGGGUUCGUGGAGACUUUAUACGGGAAAGUCGAUUGGGGGACGGAAAGAGCGUGGGAGGAGAGCGAGAUCAUCUCAAUCAACCCGGCGUACGUGGAAAUCAUCAAAUCUGCCGGAAGCGAGUUCAAUUUGGCGCUCUCGGCGUUGCCGCAAACGUUAAAAGGCUUACACGAGGCGAUGGUUGGUUUUAUCAACGCGUGUGCGUACGAUCCAGUCUUAUCGUCAUCAUUUGCGGAUUUAUCGGCGGCGGUGACAUCAGGAGUAGUAACCGCGGAAGAUCUCGCGUUGGGACAACUCUUUUCUUUCAGCGUCUCUUUCGGUGACGGCGUACCGAUUACUACUUUGCCGUUACCGCCGGCUGUUUUUGCGCCCAUGUACGAAGCGUUUGGUAUAGAUGCGUCGAGCGGUCCAACUGAUGUUUUUGAAGUGCAUGGAUAUGUAACUGGCAUGCAAAUUGCGCAGGGUAUUCCUCCACCGUACGCUCCGUACGUUGCGAAUGUCUCCUCGGCACAGGCUUUGAAAUACUUCUUCCAGAACAUCACCGAAGACGUCACGGGAUACACGGCUUUACGGUACCUCCAAACGCCAGAUAGCGCGCUGACUGCCGAGCUUGGGUUCACCGACGAUGCGCAAUCACAAAUUAUGAAAGGUUAUCUCGGAUACAUCGCUCAGACUUUCGGUCUCCCCGCGUUGUUGAAGUUUACUAUUGGUGAUUUUCUAAACUCCACGGCUUCCGGUUUACUCGUAAAACGCUCGGCGAAAGAGUGGAUUUUUGGAUUCGACGAUCCACUUUUGAAUGCCGUGAGCAGUGGUAGUAACGGACAAGAUAACAAAGUCCGCGCCGUACACAACAUUCGCGACAUCGACACGCUCGACGUUGACCACGUUCCCUGGGGAACGGACGCGCAAACUAUGCUUCGCGCCGGCGCGACGCCGUACCGUCUCAAAACUGGUCUGGGCGUCUCCAAAGGCAACGCCACGACCUUUCUUCGUCGAACUGAUGGCGAUUGGAGCGACCGAAUCGUCUAUCCGAUCACCAAUCACAUUGAAAUUGUGUCUGGGAAACAAAUCACCGGUGGCCAAUACGAAGAAAUCAAAGAACACUUUAAAAACGCGAAAAAAGGCGAAGAAUCCAUGUUCGCGCCCGCCGUCCAGGCGUGGGCGGAUUUCGGUCAAGGCUUGGAUUUACGUCGUAAAGUCACCUUGCAACACCGCGAAGGUGAAACGAGAAGGAAAAACAAGAAAGUGAGCACUGAAGUAUACUCGUUCGCCUCGAAGACGUACUUGAACUGCCCAAUUACCGGCGAUAUAACGUGCGACUGGAACCAAAACUUCUACGGCGCGUUCAACUUUUCCGGUUUCCUCCAAGGCGCCUCCGGUUUCUACUCUUUAGCGCACGGGUACCAAACGGAUUUCCGCGCGUUUGGUGGUUCGAAAGACUCGUAUCCGUACACGUCCUUCUCUCCGAACGCGACGAACCACUCACCGGAGUUUGAAAUCUACGCGAGAACUGGCAACACGGUCGGCAUGAAAGUGCCGUUGCAACAAAACUUCAAAAUCGAACCCACGGAUACUUUCUACCAGUCCGUCUGGCAACCGCCGGCGUCUUCCGUCGAGUCCACCGCUGGCCUCCACCUCCCAAUCUGCCACCUCCAGCUCUCGUACUCCAUGCCCGAAUCAUUCUUCAACAAAAUCGCGGACACCAUCAACCACAUCACCAUGAUGACCGUCGUCUAUUUAUACGUCAUGCCCGCCAUAUCGGUCUGCUUCAUCGCCUACGCGGCGUUGACUCUGUACGUUCGUCACCAAUUCGCCCGAACGCCCACCUUGAGCGAAAGCGAUUACAAAAAAAGAGCGACAUCGAGCGCGUCCAAAGCAAUCGGGAGCUUCCACGACGCCUCGUUUAUUCUCGGCGGCAAGAAAAGUUUCAAGACGAAGACGAACGGCGACGAGAAAAGAGGAAGAGGAGGCGGCUUUUUCCGUAACCGCAACGCCGCCGCCGCCCGCACCACGGACGACAACACAGCAGCGCCAAUGGAAGAAGUCGUCGUCGUCGUCAAUGGAAGCGACUGA